AUGUAUUAUGCAAAAUUCAUGUUUCAUCGUGGUGACCCGCCACGAAAGUUUGAGUCCGAAGAAGCAAGAAUGAAAGCACUCAACCAUCAAGUAAGGCCAGCUGCAGAUGUGGCUAGAAUCCUGGACGAAGCGCAAGUUCCCAAUAUUCUUUGGGGCGCGAUGGCCGGCUAUUUAGUUGGCGACUGGAGACCUUAUAACGAAGAUAUUCAAUUCUUGGUUCAUGAUCAUUUGAUUCAGACGGCCUCUAAUGCCUUGUUCGCUGCGGGAUUCACACCUUGCACAGACCCUGGAUGCCACGUCGUAAGAACGACGCUGAAUGAUUACCUUAUUCCUCCGGUGCAUUUUCACAUCCAGGCUCUAUAUCCUGAACACGACGUGCUACGACUGUACCCCAAAUCUGGCCAGCUUUGGUCGCUUCCAGACGCUUUUGACUUUGGGACAUCCCCCCCUACUGCGGAUGAUCCCCACUUGAUGCUUUCCAAUGAUCCUCGACUUCCACCAUAUAUGCCCGAGGGAAUGUCGGGUCCGUGGACUGAGCUUUAUCCAAUUAAGAUUCUCAACCGAAGCGCGUUCACUGAGGCGGUCUUGUGGCUGUGUUAUCGAGAUAUUGACCACGUCAAUGGUUUGGAUACUCAGUGGGUCGACAUGUUAGGCACAGCAAGAAAGCACCCCGAAGGAAUAACCCUCAGCCCUAAGUUCCAGGCUAUGUGGGAAGAAUUUACUUUGCCCGAAGAACAGCUUAGGCGAAGAAGAUGGGAGCCAGCACUCGAUCUUAUGAAGGAGAUGAGGGCUAACAAUGAACUGCCGCCUCCUCCUCGGAUUAAUUGGUUUGGAUCAGUCGAGGGGGCUAAACGACAUGGCUGUUGGGGGCUGGACGAGCUCGCUGUUGAUUCUGAAAUGGUUUAA